AUGUCCGAGCAACCUUACGACCCCUACAUCCCCUCUGGCUCGAAUGGCGCUGCCGGUGCCGGUGCCGCGGGCACCGCGCAGCAUGGUGGUGAUCCGAAGACGCAGCAGGUCUCUAGGGAAAUCGAUGACACGAUCCGUGCGAUGCGUUCGAACAUUAUCGGUGUCUCGGAACGUGGCGAGCGUCUAGACUCCCUCCAGGACAAGACGGACAAUCUGGCGGUAUCAGCGCAGGGUUUCCGCAGAGGUGCCAACCGCGUGCGCAAACAGAUGUGGUGGAAGGACAUGAAGAUGCGUGUAUGUCUGGUCAUCUGCAUCAUCAUUCUGCUCGUCGUGAUUAUCGUUCCUUCUGUUGUCGCAACUCGCCGUUAG